GUUGAAGCCUCUGAUCAGGCUCCGAGAAACGUUGGUGUUUCUAAGAAGGCCUCCCUCAUGUCAGCCACACAGCUGCAGAACAUGUGGCUGGAUGGAGUCCUCACACAGAACAACUUAAGGGGCAGUUCAGACAACUUUACCUCCUUGUGUCCUAACGGCUCCAAAUGGGUUUGGAACGGGCUUGGAGAGUGCGCCCAGGACGGGAGGGACAUGGCCAGUGUCUUCCUCGGCCUCCUGUCCAUCGUUUGUUUCUUGGUGUCUUCUUUUCCACAGUACUACAGCUCGUGGAAAAAAGGGAAUAUGGACAGCGCCCUCUCCAUCUGGUUUUUGCUGCUGUGGUUAGGAGGGGAUUCCUGUAACCUGGUGGGCUCGUAUUUGGCCGACCAGCUUCCUCUUCAGAAAUAUACAGCAGUUUAUUACGUCUGUGCCGACCUGGUGAUGUUGGGCAUGUACCUCUACUACAAGACCAGACACAGAACAACAGAAAGGAGAACAGUCUUACAUGCAGCAAGUAUAUUUUGCUUUCUGGGCCUCACAUCAAGCCUCGUCCGUCUCCAGCUGUUUGGGUCUGAACUGGAAAUGGACUCCUCUGGGUUCAGAAGUCGCUCCUUACUCUCAGCCGCUGAUGCUGGCUCCAUCAAGGCUUUUACAAAGAAAGAGAUCAUUGGUUUUACCAUUGGGUCUUUUUCAUCAGUCCUCUACCUCUGCUCCAGACUUCCACAGAUGUACACCAAUUUCAAGAGGAAAUCAACAGAGGGGGUGUCUUACUUCCUGUUUGCACUGGUCAUUUUGGGGAACACUAUGUACGGUCUGAGCGUCCUGCUGAAGAACCCUGACCUGGGGGAGAGUGAGAACAGCUACCUGGUUCAUCACUUACCCUGGCUCAUCGGCAGCCUCGGCACCCUCUCCUUGGACCUCAUUAUCUCGGUCCAGUUCCUAAUUUACCGCAAGGCUUCGGUUCUGAAUGUGAACGGGAACAUUCAAAACGAUGAGACGGCGCCUCUGAUCCAGAGCUGAAACGCGUAUCGGGGAGUCUCCUGGAGGGCGAAGCUCGAGUAAAAACUCACGUCUGUUCAAAUUCACUUUUUUAACACACGUAAAAACGUGAAUUUAUAGGUUUUAUUUAUUAAAUGUCCUGAUGCAUGUUCAAUAAUCCUGGUAGAAAAAUA